AUGGGCUGCCUGCUGGCGCUCACCGACGACCUCCUCGCGGACAUCCUCAUCCGCUUGCCGUCGCCGGCGGACCUCGCGCGCGCCUCCGCCUCCUGCGCCUCGCUCCGCCGCGUCGUCACCUCCCCGCGGUUCCUCCGCCGGGUCCGCUCCCUCCACGCCCCGCCCCCGCUCGGCGUCUUCGUCCCCGACGCCGCCGCCGGGUUCUUCCCCGCCCUCCCGCCCAACCCCGCGGCCCGCCCCGCCCGCGCGCUCGCCCUCGCCGCCGACUUCUCCUUCGCCUUCCUCCCGGCCCCCGCGCGCGCCUGGCUCGUCCGCGACCACCGCGACGGCCGCUUCCUCCUCGACCGCGCCGCGCCGGCCGGCUCCACGGCCUUCACCGAGGUCGCCGUCUGCGACCCGCUCUCCCGGCGCUGCCUCCUGCUCCCGCCCAUCCCCGACGCCCUCGCCGCCUCCGUGGACAACCCCUACCUCCAGCGCGGCGGCGACGACGGGGGGCUCCAGUCGCGCAGCAACGAGAUCUUCCUGGCCUCCCGCGGCAACGACGACCGCGGCGAGGAGCUGCCGCUCGCCGUCAUCUGGAUGGCCUGCUGCCGAGGGAAGCUGGUCGCGUUCUACUUCUGCUCUGGAUCUCGGGAAUGGAGCGCGCUUUCGCCGCCGGUGCACCACGCGCUGAGCAUGCGGAGGGUCAUGGGCGUCCGACUGGGGCAACGCAACCAUGCCCAUGGGUGCUUCUACUGGAUGAUAACUCUCACCCGGAGGUGGCUCGUGCUGGACGCCCGCAAAAUGGAGUUCUCCAUCCUCGACAUUUCUCCUGUCCUGGCAGGCCGCUCGAUGAUGUUCAGUAAUCAGAUCACCACUCUGGAGUCAGGGGAAGGCAGGACAACCGUUGUGGUUUCGGAUCUUUUUAGGGCGGAUAAAAGAUGUGUCCUCUACUUUUAUUCGUUCAUGCAUUUCAGUGACCGGUGGCAGCUGCAGAACAAGAUCACCUUGCCCGAGGAAUGGGGAGACCGGUUUCGAGGCAUCAUAGGUGCAUUUGAGGGCUGCUUAUACAUAAAACUAGAUCAUCCAAAGCAGAAUUUGGGAGAUCCUGUUGAGCAAAAUGUCACAUACUUUUGGUUCGAUCUCAAGACUAUGCAGGUUGGUAGGUUCACUGAGAUAAGUUCUGCUACUGUGAACGAAGCCUACCUUUACAUGGGGUUUCCCCCAUCACUGUCACUUCCUAGUGUUUGA